AAGCUGUAUUCGUGGUGUAGUAUAAAAGUGUAAACUAUGACUCAUCUAAGUGUUUUUGCAUAACAAUCGAUAGAAAAAAUAUAGGUUAAGAUCUCAGUGGUAUUGUGUUCGGUUCUGAGCGAUAUAAAAAUAUAUUGAAAAUAGAAAUGCAUCAACGGGAUGUUGCAUUAGCAGCACGCAAAUGCCGCAGAAAUUACAAUGGAACACAUUUGUGAGACAGACAAAACAAUAAGCUGCAUGCCUUAAAUUGUUUUUAAAAAAAGUAGAUUUUUUACAUGAAUCUCGUAGGACAUAGUGAUAGUGUAAUAUGAAGUGAUUUGUCGCAGUGCUGACAUUUAGUGAGUGAUAGAUGGUUGACGGUCUAAACGGUGCCAACAUGUCUGAUGACGAGGAUUCUUCGCCUGAUCGGGCGCUGGGACCCACCAAUAAUGUACCAGUGCUGGGCAUCAAACGUCUCAAACAGAUCGAGACGAUGUUCAUAUCCCGUCGACUCCAGGCGCCAAGGACCCAUGGUCUUAGCGUGGAGACCCUGGUCGAUAUGCUGCUGGUCCUAUACGACGAAUGCUGUAACAGCAGUCUUCGGAGGGAGAAGGCGGUAGCCGAUUUUAUAUCUUAUGUAAAACCAGUGGCAACAGCACUGAAGAGGCUGCGGUUGUCCCGAGAUGACUUCGAGCUGGUGAAGGUGAUUGGGCGUGGUGCCUUCGGAGAAGUUUGUGUCGUCAGAGCCUCGUUUAUGCAGGGCACUGAUGGCGGUAACAUAACGACUUCCACUACUGGGACCACGGGCACCGGGGAACGUGUUUACGCCAUGAAAAUACUCAACAAAUGGGAGAUGCUCAAGAGGGCGGAGACGGCGUGUUUCCAAGAGGAGCGCGAUGUCCUCGUGUUUGGCGACAGGCGGUGGAUCACGAACCUGCACUAUGCCUUCCAGGAUGAACACAACUUGUACCUGGUGAUGGACUACUACUGCGGCGGCGACCUGCUGACGUUACUAUCGAAGUUCGAGGACCGUCUUCCGGAGGACAUGGCCAAGUUCUACAUCGCUGAGAUGGUGCUAGCCAUACAGAGCGUGCACGAACUUAGAUAUGUUCAUAGGGAUAUAAAACCAGACAACGUGUUACUAGACGCGAGCGGUCACAUUCGACUGGCGGACUUCGGUUCCUGUCUCCGGCUUGGCGACGAUGGCAAGGUGCAGAGCAAUGUGGCUGUUGGGACGCCGGACUAUAUCUCGCCGGAGAUAUUACGGGCAAUGGAAGAUGGUCAAGGGAGGUACGGUCCGGAAUGUGAUUGGUGGUCGUUAGGAGUGUGUAUGUACGAGAUGUUAUUCGGCGAGACCCCGUUCUACGCGGAGUCUCUGGUGGAGACGUACGGCAAGAUCAUGAACCACGCGCGCUCCUUCCACUGCCCCCCGCCUGAUGAUCAUGCUGCACAGGUUUCAGAAGAGGCGAAGGAUUUAAUCCGCAGACUGAUUUGCUCUUCCGAGAAUAGAUUAGGAAAAAAUGGACUCCAAGACUUUAAGAAUCACCCGUGGUUCGCGAACCUGGACUGGGAGAAUCUCCGUGAGAUGCAGGCACCGUUUGUACCGGACGUGUCCAGUCCCACCGAUACUUCCAACUUCGAUGUCGACGAUACUGAUAUCAGGUUAUCGGAAGCAGUUCCUCCACCAUGUGCGUCGUCAGCGUUCUCCGGGCUGCACCUGCCCUUCGUGGGGUUCACGUUCACGGCGGGCUCCAGGCUGUCCGACCUCGGGGCGCCCGCCAGCCCGCUCAGUCCUGCCAAGAAUGCUCCUAGUCAGGCACCAAGUAACGCGGGCGACCGUGCGGCACUGAAGGCGUUAGAGCGAGAGAACGCGUUGUUGGCACAGACCAUCGCUGAACUACGGGCCGGGGGCGCCGCGCCAGAGGGCGCUAGUGAAGACUUAAUACAGCUGAAAGAAGAGUUGGCGACGUUAUCCAAGAGGAAUGCUGAUCUAGAGGCUCAAGUUAGAUGUUACGAACAAUUGAAUACUGGCAUUAGUACGCAGGAUAUGCCAGCGACCCCACAAGAGAUGGCGACCCGUAUCCGUGAGAUGGAAGUCAUCAUCCAAGCCCUGAACAUGGAGAAGGAGGAACUCCUGAAGGACAAAUCUGAUUCCGCUGAGAAACUUAGGCUGCAGGACAAAGAACUGAAGGACGCGCUAUCACAACGCAAGCUUGCGAUGACGGAGUACAACGAGGUCACUGAACGACUGUCUGAGCUCAGGCAACAGAAACAGAAGCUCUCGCGGCAGGUACGCGACAAAGAAGAAGAAUUAGAAGUGGCGAUGCAGAAGAUUGAUGCAUUGCGGCAGGACAUUCGGCGCGCUGAGAAGGGACGCAGGGAACUCGAGGCUAGGCUCGACACUGCUAUAUCUGAGGCUACCAAAGAGCGCAAGUUACGCGAGGAGUCGGUCCGCAGCGCCCGCAGCGACCCUGGCGUCGCCCCGCCCGCUGCAUCCGCCGCCGCUGACGUCGCCAGGCUGCAGGCUGAGGUCGAGACUCUCGAGCUACAAUACAAGGAGUCGCUGGCGCAGCAACAGGCGCGGUUCCAGGCCGAGCUGGCCGCGCUCAACGACCAACUGCAGGAGGGAGACGCGCUGCGGAAUGUUCUCAAUAGAGAGCUACAAACAUCGAAGGAGAAGCUAGAAAGCCGUCGCCUGGAGCAGUUGUCGGACAGCGAAGAUAAACAGAUGCUUAUGAACGAAAACAGGAAGCUUGCCAAGGACCUGGACGCUGUGAAUAGCAAAUUGGCAGAGAACGGUAGGAGAUGGCAGGCAGAACGAAGGCAGAUGGAGAUAGAGUUAGAGGAGUUGAGAGCCAAACGAGACACCAUGCAGCACUGGGAGACACAGGUCAGUGAUAUAGCAGACAUAAUCCGAUGGGUUGCUGAUGAGAAGGAGGCUCGAGGGUACCUUCAGGCGCUCGCUACUAAGAUGACUGAGGAGUUGGAGUAUCUUAAACAUGCGAGUGCGUCCCGUUCGUCCCUGGUGGUGGCGUCGUCCCCUCCGUCUGGCGGGGCGGAGUCCCGCGGCACGGGCGGGUGGAGGAACCGGCGCUCGCAGAAGCUCGACAAGAUGGAGAUCCUCACGCUGCAGUCCUCGCUGCACUCCGAGAUACAAGCCAAGCAGGCUGUGGGCGAGGAACUGUCCAGGACCAGGGCCGAGCUGCUCGCUAGUCAAAGAGAACUACUAGAAACACGACAACGACUGGACACGCUUGCCCACGAUAUGAAGCGCAAGGAACAACACAUACGCGACAUGCAAGCGAGACUCGACGCGCCGCACCAGCCCGGUAACUCCUCCAGGCAAGGAUCGGCGAAAUCAUCAAGUUAUUGGAGCGGCAAAGAAGAGAAUGUUUUGGAUCGACCACCGUCACAGAUGAGCUACCUAGACCAAUUCCUGAAGGAAGCGCCGACGGAACGGCACUACGAUAAUGUGGCUACUAUCAACGAGCAGAAGAUGUCGCCGCAGUACCGAUACAGAAACCAGCAUUGUUGUAAUGCAAAGUUAAUGUACGGGUCGCAACAGUCGGCCGCGUUGAGUGGCUCGGUGGAACUGCAGGACGAGUUGGAAGGCCCCCGCGCAUCGUCGCCGGCCUCCAGCAAGAGCUCCCCUAGUGAAAUCUCUACAGUCAGUAUGGAUCCAUCGCUAGGCCCCACGAUACCAGGCAAGCAGAAAGUGCACCAGUUCCUGGUGAGGACGUUCAGCAGUCCGACUAAGUGCAACCACUGUACAUCGCUCAUGAUCGGUCUAACCCGUCAGGGCGUGGUGUGCGAGACGUGCGGGCUGGCGGUGCACACGUGGUGCUGCGCGCGCGUGGCCCCGCGCUGCCCGCUGCCCGCCGCCACGCGCCGCCCGCUCGGCAUCGACCCCGCGCGCGGGCAGGGCACCGCGUACGAGGGAUACGUCAAGGUCCCGAAGCCCGGUGGCGUGAAGAAAGGUUGGAUGAGACAGUUUGUGGUCGUGUGUGACUUCAAACUGUUCCUCUACGACAUAUCACAAGAUCGUAACGCGCUGCCGUCAGUCUGCGUGAGCCAGGUGCUGGACAUGCGGGACCCGGAGUUCAGCGUCACGUCCGUCAAGGACUCCGACGUCAUACACGCCAACAAGCGGGACAUACCUUGUAUAUUUAGGAUAUCAACGUCCCAGCUGGAAGGCGGCAAGAGGUCUCACACGCUGAUGCUGGCGGAGUCCGAGUCGGAGAAGACCAAGUGGGUGGUGGCGCUCAGCGAACUGCACAGGAUACUCAAACGGAACAACCUGCCGGACAAAUGUGUGUACAGUGCGUGCGUGAUCCUGGAUUCCACGGCGGCGGCUUUGGUCCGCAACGCGCAGUGCGCGUGCGUGCUGGAGCGGGGCCGCGUGGUGCUGGGCGGCGAGGCGGGGCUGGUCCUGCUGGACCUCGACCGCGCAGAGCUCACGCCGCGACGGCAACACGCGCCCGUCGCCACCAUCGCGUACGUGCCGCACGAACAACUGCUCGUGGUGAUAGCGGGUCGCGGCCGACACGUCCGGUUAGUACCGAUCCGGGCGCUAGAGUGUGCUGAGGUAGAGUGUAUCAAGUUGGCAGAGAGUAAAGGCGCGAUCUCAUUGGCUGCCGGCCCCUUAGGACAUUCUGCGCAUGGGUUCGCAGUACUUUGUAAAAAGCAGAACGCGUACGUGGUGAACGUGUACGAGAUCACUCGCACGGCAGCGCGGCGAGUGCGAGUGGCCGAGCUGCGCGCGUGUGGCGCCGUACUGAGUCUACAACUGGCGGGGGCGCGGCUACUGCUGGGCUACCGGGGGGGCAUCGCCGCGCACUGCCUGCCCGACCCGCGCCGCCCCCACCACGACCAGCCCGCCGUCUCCCUAGUCCACCCGGAGAACCAAGUGAACGUGUUCCUGUCCCACUCCGGAGCCCGGCCACUGGGGGCUGCGCCCCUGGCCUGCGGGGACACGCUGCUAGUGUUCAACUCGCUGGCCCUGUACGUGGACCGACACGGACAUCGAGCCCGGGACACGGAGCUCAUGUAUACCGCACAUCCUACGCAUCAUGCGAUCAACGACACACAUCUGUUAAUAUUCACCGCGACGCAUAUCGACGUAUACGACAUUGAGACUGGCGACUGGGUGCAAACUAUGAAUAUACCGAAUGCCCGGCCGUUGGACGAGUCGGGUUGGAUCUGCUGCGUGGGCGGCGGCGGGGGGAACGGGUUCCCGUUCUCUACGGACGCCGCGCCGUUCAUCAUAUACCUCCGACCACUGCUCACACAUCCGCGAGCGUCCGACCCCCCGCUGAGCGUGGACACGUCGCUAUGGGGCAACAAGAGAAGGUUCUCCGUGCGGGAACAGUCACAUCAGGCCAUUGAAGCGCACAAUAGAUUAUCAGAAAGGCGGUCGCGUCUAAUAUCAGCCCCUACGAACUUCGCGCACCUGUCCCACAUGGGCCCCGGGGACGGGAUCCGGUCGCAGAGACUACUGGACCUGCCCACCACCGUCGAAACAGCUGAUGAUCAUCCACAGAUGUACAGCAGUCGAGAGAGUAGUAAACGAACGUCACCGUUAACGAUAUCGCAUGGAACUGGAUCCUAUAAUGGAUCGUGGAGAAGUGCGGGUCGUCGUGACGCCCCGUGUGACCCGCCCGCGUCCCCCCCUCGCAUGGAACGGUCGCUGGGUGGGGGGUCGCAAGGCAGUGGGUCGCUACUGGAGCGGUCCAUCACUCCGCUCAGCCUGGGCAGCAUGAGCUCGCUGCACGAUGUGCUUAAGGUAUGUUUUGUGGGCACGGAACUAGGCGACGGUCUGCACUCCGAGGACAGCAGUUGUGGAGCUUCACCGCCGCAUCCUAUGGAUCCUUGAUGAAACCAACUGAACUCAUCAUGGACACUGGACAUGUCCCGUUUCUACGCUUGCUUUUGUUAAAACUUUAUAUUAGUUGCGCACGGGACUACAAACUGUACCUUGUGUCCGACACACAGAGUUCAAAAUACCGUAGCAAGCGACGCUUUAAAAAUAUUUUAAAUUAUACACCGCUAUGUUUGUGAUAGAUAUGGUUUUAGAAUUGUUAAUUUAUUCGAUAAAUGUAAAUAUUCUGGAUGACAAUAAUGUACAUUAUGUAUAAAUCUUUUUCUGCUUACCUCUCGUACGUUGUACGCGUUAUGUUUUACUGUUUAUGUGUUGCAAAGACACUUUUAGUUCUAUAGGAAAUAGCACACAUACAAACAUUCAUUAAUUUUAUGUUUACAUGUCCAAUGAAAGUUAUAUCUAUCAUAAACAUAGCAUUUUUUGUAAUAAAUUAACUAUUAAUUUAUUAUUACAACAUAUUUGGUUCCUAAACAAAUUAUAUUAUGGAAGAAUUUAAUUUUGCAAUUUUUAUUAUUAAAUUAUUUAUCAGUAACGGAAAAUAAUAAUAAAUAAUAAUUUAAAAUUAAUGAGAUUUUGCAUGAAAACAUUGAUACUGAACCUUCCAUUAAACGAUAAUAAACAAAUUUUUAAUAAUAGAGUUAUUAUUAUAAAGCUGAGUGCACAUUGACUGGUUAUUAGACGAAGGCGAAAUUGUAGACAUGUCUUUAUUUAUGAAAUUUUUACAUUUGUAAAUAAAAUUCGAUAUUUCUUACUUACAUUAAAUUGACGAUUCACAAUAAUGUGAUGACAUUCAUUUAUUUAUGUCUUUUUUCAUCAUUGCAAUUGUCAAUUUCGUUUUAUAAUUUACAUAACUACUAGACAUGUAGUCUAACUAUAUUGACUCCAUUUAUGCAUUACUUUAAUAUCAUAGUAUAUUAAAUUAAACACUCAUAAUGACCAAUCAAUUCUUGAAACAUUUCAUCUUUAUCAAUCUUACCCCCGAAUACUGAAAUACAACUCAAUUUUAAGUUUUACUUAAAUAUCUUGUUAUCUCUGUCAUUUUUAUAAAGAAUUUAUAGGGACAGAAGUAUUUUUGAGAGCAAAUUAUAAUUGAGUGGCGUUUGAGUCUUUGAACAAUAAAGUAUUUAAUUUAGUCAUACGUCUAAUACCAGCAGUGUACACUAAGCUCUAGGUAUAAAGACCCGAUGUGGCUUGUAGGUCAAUUAGACUCAGUCUUACGAGUACUAUGUAUUUUAUAUCCGUGUACGUAAGAUGCGGUUUAAAAGUGGAUUCCGUUUAUGAUAAUACUAGCUUCUGACAGCGGUUUCGCCUGUAAAAAGUACUCCAUAUGUUAUUCUAGAUUGUCAUCUGUCACUGUCCUUAAUUUCAUUUAAAUUUAUGCAGUUAUUUUUGCAUGAAAGAGCAACAGACUUAUUUAAACACAAACAUUUAUAGUUUAUCAUCAUUUUAUUCGUAAUAUGACCAAACUAUGUCUCGAUAAGUUCAUUUCUAUAUCUCUCUCGCUUAGCCUCUGCUUUCUCUCUAACUACAAUUUUUUCGUCGUUUCGAAAAUUUCUUAGUCUGGAAUUGUACCCAGUAUAUGACAGUAGGCUCGCCCCAUAUUACAUGGGGCUUGAGCAUAAAUGGUGAAAUGUGGGAGUACAUUUUAAAGCGGCAUUACAUGCCGUAAUGUGCACCUCUGCCUACCCCUUCGGAGAUAAAAAGCACGACGAUACGAAUACUUAUUAAACGAAUCCACUUAUAAACAAAAAACAUAAUAUAUUAAAUAAAAAUAGUUGUAGGAUUUUAUUAACCAAAUUGUAUUUAAUUGCUUUUAUUUUAAAAUUAAUUAAUUAAUUAAUACUCUAUACGCUACCUUGACGAGGUCGUUCACCGCCGAUGUAAAACUAAGCUAAAUUAAUUUCAAUAAUUAAUUAUUAUACAAUAAAUAAUUAUUUUAAUUAAAAAAAUGUAUUAUAAUUAAUUAAUAAAACAUGAACAAUGUAUUGUAUGAGAUAAUUAUUAAGUUGUGACGUUAAUUUUCUAUGUUUUUUAACCAAAUGAUAAUCUUAUGUAUUUAUUGUAAAUGUUAUUUGAAAAUAUAAAAAAAAACGAAGUUAAUAUUUAAUUUGCCUGAAUUUCAAAUAUUAUAAUAAAUUUUUCGGUAGAGAACUUAACAUCUGAACAAUUAUUUCAGUAUUUCGUAGAUAUUUUCAAAUAAUAUUUAACAAUAUAAAUCUAACUAAGGACACUGCCAUUCCUAUAUAGGUAGGUAGUUAUUAUACCCACUGCGGAACAAAUAGUAAAAAUCAUUUCGUUACCUCUUUGUAUCGUUAUCGAUUAUUCGCCGAUUAAUCGCCUAUUGUAUCGAUUAUCGACAUUCGAUUACUAUCCAAUAAUCGAAUAAAAGAUUAAUGGAUACCAAUUGAAUUUCGAUAUGAUUAUAAUAUAUAAUUUUUAACUUUCUCGCUAGAAAUGUAUACUAUACAUAAUAUACAUAAGUUUUGUAUAUUAAAUAUAAUAAAUAAAUAAUGUGAUUAUUUCAAUUUUUAAUGAAGUUAUUAAAAAGUAUAUUACCAAAAUAAUCGUCACAUUUAAUGUUUAAGUUUAAUUUAUGUAACAUUAAAACGUUAUGCUUUAUUUUAAUGCUUUGUGUGUAAAACGAUGUUCAUUAUUUUAAAUAGAAAUGUUCAUAUUUAAACUUAAAUAACUCUUUCAUAAAUCCAAAGUUUAAAAUCUUGGCUAAAAACAAACUUAAAACACGUGAUAUAAUAUUGAAUAACUUCUAUCGAAACUCAGUAUCUUUAAUUAAAUUAUUAACUGUUGUAAGACAUACUAAAUUAAUUUAUUAUGUUUUCCGGCUUAUUCACGUAACUGUUUGACGAGGAAUUCGAUUAACUUCAAGCUAUGCUAGAGACUCAUAUUCAUGAGCAGUAUUCUGAGAUACGCGAGAUAUUCUAAACUACUACAAUUAGAAGUUUGUAAUCGCCAACCCGCAUUGAGCAAGCGUGGUCAUUAAUGCUCAAACCUUCUCCAUGUGAGAAGAGGCCUUUGGUCAGCAGUGGCCACUUAUAGGCUGAUGAUGUAAAUGGCGGUUUUUAACCUAUUUUACCCAAUAAAGAAGUAUUAAGUUUAACUAUAAACAUUUCUAUGAAUUUAAUUCUAGCUAUUAUUGUAACCCGACAUUAAUUUGUAACAAAUCUCAAUAUGAUGAUUAUAUGAUUAUAAUUAUGUGAUUAUUCACCCCCUCUAACCGUAAGCGAUAUGUUUUUGUAAUAUUGUUAAUUUUUUUUAACAAUCUAGUCUGUUUUGUUUACGACCGUAAUGUAUUAUUACGACUAUGCGUCUUCAAAUUAUAUUUAAGAUUUUAAUUACUUAGUUCGAUUUAAAUACUUGAGAUUUUUUUUUUUUCAUUAUAGGUUAGUUCUAUAUACCACGAAAAUUGUGUUUAUUAUACAAGCAAACGAUAAAAGAAUCUCGGUUUUAGGUUUUUUUUAUAUGGUAUUAAGCCUAAAACUAUCGCGGCGCCCUCUGUCUACAAAUUUUUAGUACUUUCUUUUUUUGAGAAACGAACAUCGAUGAAUUAAGUUUAGUUUUCCAAAGAUUGUUUUUUUAAAGAAAUGUGUGUUUGCGACGAAAUUCUGGUUUCUUAUUAUCGUGCAAUACUGUGUGAUGAAGUAUAGAAAAUUUAUAACGAUUUUAUAAUAAUUGGUACAGCAAUAAUUGUAACUAUGGUGUUGCACGAUAAUCUGCGAUCGAGGCAUUUAAAUUUAUCGAAAUUUUAUUAAUUCUUAUGUCGAAAUACAAGCUUAUGUUUUAUUUAUGUGAAAAUUGAAUUAUUCUUUAUUAAAAUGAGUAACUUAUCUUUUGAAUGUUUACUACCAAAAUUAGUAUUACAACAACAUGAAGCGUUUGUCCAAUUUUUCAAUACUAUUUAGUUAAAAAGUUUAAAGUUAAUAUUUAGAUUUAAAACAAAUUUGCACCAGAAAGAACUGAAUGUAUAUUGCUUUUUAUAUAAUUGUGUAUAUUAAUGUAAACGUAUUAUGAACAAAUUUUAUGUAAUACCCGCUUAGACGACCGGUUUUGAACAUUUUAAACAGAUUGCUGUUUAUUUCUUUAUCGAGAAAAAUGACCAAGAAAUAAAUCAUCUUAAAAUCUUGCCUGCAAUAAAGAAAUUUACACCAAUCUUUAACUAACAUUCCGUUUUGUAAACACCGAAGCAAUCCCAUAUCGAUAUAUCGAAACUAUCGAUUAUCGAUAAAACCACAACACUUACAUUGGUCAAUUGAUUGAUAUUAAUGAAAUUUUUAUCAAAACUUACGUCUCGAUUGGUAAUGUUUAAAAACAUAAUAGAAUUGUAUAACUCAAUUAAUUUGUUCACCGAGUAUAUUAGGAUAAGGUUAUAUAAAAAUUGUAUUAAAAUAUUUAAAAAUAAAAUCCCAAACAAUACGCGACGGGUUAUAGAUAUUGUAGAUUUUGCUAAAAUUGAUAUUUAAAGUGCAUUUUAUAAAGAACGCUUGUAUUAUAUUAUUGAAAGUCGGUUGGAAUUCACUGUUGUGCUAAAAAAUGUUGUUUAGCAUGCUGAAUUAUGAUUUUAAAUAGAUCCAGUGAAUAUUUUACUAUAUUCUAGCACUUUUCUAUACAAGCAUUUGAGUAAACAUAUCAGAAAAUCACCAUGUAUUAUCCUAUUAGCGAAAAACAUUAAAUAUAUGACAAUCCACGCUCAAUUAUAACACCUAUGACCAAUAUUCACAAACCUGAAUUACUUAGAUUGCUAUUACCUUAGAUAAAAUGCUUAAUAAACCAAUGUUUUAUCAAAAUAGCUAGCCACCCAUACCUUGUAUUGUAUUCAGCUAAAUUUCUAUACUUAUGUUAUUAUUUCUAUGUAAAAUCUAAAUUAUUGUCUAAUAUUAAAUUGCAUUAUGUGAAUUAUCUCAAUACUUAAUUAUUUUAUGUAAAUAUAUCUGAAUAAAGAAACAUUUGAAUGAG